AUGGGGUUUUUCAAACGGCUACGGGCAAAGACGAGGAGUCGCGGGGGGAAACGGGAUCUUUAUGGAGAGCAGGAUCAGGACCAGUAUCAGCCAUAUGCGCAGUAUCAGCAGCAGCCAGGAGGGAGUUUUGGUCGACGGCCGGCACGAGACUACACGAAGACACUGCCGCCGAAUGUGCUGUCGAAUAUCUUCUACCAAGUAUGUCCGCAUGCACGGGAUACAUCGCUGACAUCGUCGGAAGAGUCUAUGACGGAGGAUGGGUGCAUGCUAUGUGAUAUGCGUGACCUGGCGCAUGCAGCACUGGUCUGCACGCACUGGUACGGCAUAGCGCAGAACAUACUAUACCAGCAUAUUCGCAUUGAUGCGGUGCACUACUGCGAACUGGAGAUCGAGCUGGCGGCUAAACGCAAGAAGAACUCGUUCCUCAACCACAAUGCCGAGCCGCUGGAUGCGCCGCGGACACGACUACUACUGUUCAUGCGGACGGUGCGCGACUCGCGGGCUCUCGGAUCGAUGGUGAAGUCGCUGCGAAUGCCAUACAUGACCCGUGAAGCCAGCAAGAGCGAACUGGCACGGACGAUAUCAGUGCUGCCCAACCUCCGCUACGUCGACCUGCCGGCCGGGUUCUUCAGCGACGACGCCUCCUCUCUGACCCUGAAACAAGAGCUACUGGCCCGGUGCCCGGAUAUCAGGCGAAUGAAAUUUGCCAAGGGGGCGGAGAGCAGUUUCUCACGCCUGCCCAAGGUUAAAGGAUGGCCGAACCUGGAAGUACUGGAGCUUUCGGCACUGAACAUCGAGAACAACCUGCUGCGUAUGAUACUGGGGUACAUUGAGCGUCUGACCGAUCUGCGAUUCGAUGACAUGCCAUGGCUGGAAGACACGGUGUUCAAGGCGGUGCCUACGCUACCGCCCUUCCCAGCGCUGCAACGCCUCACUCUCACCGACACACCGAAGAUCACCAGCCGCGGACUGACAUGGUAUCUGAACAGCAGCUCGCAGACACGCAGCGCUCUGCGACACUUGUCGAUGGUCAACACGGGCGUGGAACCGCAGCGACUGCACGAGGUUCUGGCGCAGGCACCGCUGCUGUCCAGCCUCUCGAUGCAGCAAGAAGUCACACACGAGUUCCCGCCCGACUACGUUCCGCCGCUGACCUCGAACUCGCUGCGUCUGCUACACUACGAAAUCACCUCUGAGUCUGGCUCGAGCUCGUUCGGCGCCCAGGCCCUCUCGACAUCGUACUAUACGUACCUGAUGUCCUCGCUCCUGACGGGCUCGCUGCCCAACCUGACAGACCUGUAUGUGCGAGACGCCAAUUUCCCCGAGACGCUGAUGCUGGCGCCGCCGCCGCCCGUGUUUGGGGACCCGAGCCGGCAGUCGCAGGCCAACGUGGGACUGAACCAGGCGCUGUCUGUAUACAGCAAGGGGAUGGACGAGCUGGAGUGGAACUUUACGACGUACCAGCCAUUUGCAGAGGCGGGCAGACGCAUGAGCACGACGCGGCCGGUGAGCCUGCAUGGGGCCCAGCUGAGCCCGGCAUGGGGCGGCGAGGCAAGGAGGAGCGUGCUGGUCGGCAAUGGCUUUGGGGGGUUUCUGGCGGUGCCGGCGGAGGAGGAGCGGCGGCCGAGCACGAGCACGCGGUCGUCGGGGGGCCGUCGAGAGAAGCGAGACCUAUGGCGGUAA